AUCCGCUAGAUUACUAACUAAACCCGUCCCUCAGCAAAGGAAAGAUGACUGUUUUGCCGUUUUAGCGAAUUCUAAUGUACGGACCAACUGUGCCAGUUUUAACCCUCAAGGAAACUAAUUAUUCUGUGGAAUACAACUACUUAGAAGGACGCCUCAUCUUUUUUUCUUUUGGUUGAGAAAGAACCCCACAGGGUUUUCGGGCCAGUAGGUCGUCAGGAGUUGGAACAACGAAGAGCUUCUCGUAGUACUUUGCAUUGAAAUGAAGUGUUGUUUAGGCGGGUUUCAGAUGCUAGGAGAAGUGUAGGUUAACCUUUGGUAAUUAUUUUGGGGGUUAACAAUGACCCAUGAUGUGCCAAAGAGCUGUUAUCUGGACUGGUCAAAACAGUGUCAAAGGCUAAGCUAGGUUUUGGUCCCAACUAUUAUGAAAGCUACAAGCGGACAUUUGUAACUAACGUUAACGUUAAUGGGGCAUAUAUGUUAACGUUACUCCAAAGACUUGUGCUAAAGUAAACUGUUAACGGAAUCCGACAAUACUUCUUGUGGCGUCUUACAAUUGAAUUCCUUUGUGAACUUUUUCAUUGAAUGACACAGGAUUCACUAUGUCAUUUUUUAAUUUCCGUAAAAUAUUUAAAUUGGGAGCUGAGAAGAAGAAGAAGCAGUACGAACACGUCCGCAGAGAUGAAAAUCCAGAGGAAGUAUGGGACAUAAUCGGUGAAUUGGGAGAUGGAGCCUUUGGGAAAGUGUUCAAGGCUCAAAACAAACAGACGGGCAUCCUCGCUGCAGCCAAAGUUAUUGACACAAAGACUGAGGAGGAGUUGGAGGACUACAUGGUGGAGAUUGACAUCCUGGCCUCCUGCGACCACCAAAACAUUGUGAAGCUGCUCGACGCUUUCUAUUAUGAGAGCAAACUCUGGAUCCUCAUUGAGUUCUGUGCAGGAGGGGCUGUGGAUGCGGUCAUGCUAGAACUGGAGAGACCCCUGACAGAGCCUCAGAUCAGGGUGGUGUGUAAGCAGACUCUGCAGGCCCUCGUCUACCUCCACGACAACAACAUCAUCCACAGAGACCUGAAGGCUGGCAACAUCCUCCUCAUGCUGAACGGUGACGUCAAGCUGGCUGACUUUGGUGUGUCUGCCAAAAACACCAAAACGCUGCAGAGGAGAGACUCUUUCAUCGGAACUCCUUACUGGAUGGCUCCAGAAGUGGUGAUGUGCGAGACGUCCAAGGACCGUCCAUAUGACUACAAGGCUGAUAUCUGGUCCCUCGGGGUCACCUUGAUUGAGCUGGCGCAGAUUGAGCCGCCCAAUCACGAGAUGAACCCCAUGAGAGUCCUGCUGAAAAUAGCCAAGUCGGAUCCUCCUACCCUAAUGCAACCGUCACGCUGGUCCCCAGAAUUCAGUGAUUUCUUAAAGCGGUGCCUGGACAAGCAUGUGGACAACAGAUGGACUGCUGCACAACUGCUACAGCAUUCGUUUGUGUCCAGUGUGCUAGACAACAAACCUCUGAGGGAGCUCAUAGCUGAGGCAAAGGCUGAGGUCACCGAGGAGAUCGAGGAGCACAAAGAGGAGGAAGAGGAGGAAGAGACAGAAGCACAUCUGGGCCACAAACGUGCUGCCUCUGAUGUCAGUGUUGCCAGCUCAGAGGAUGAGAAGGUCCCCCUCUCUCCCUCCAUCUUGGAAUCAGUCCCUGAGAAGGUUGAGCCAAUUCUGCCUGUGCCAACACCCACUGAGCUCCCUGUGGCCAACCAUGUGCUGGACACUAGCUCUGUGGAGGAGCCCACUGCCCCUGCAGCUGAGGAGCGCCCAGAGGAGAUUUCAAACACUCCAGUUGAGGAUGGAGAGGUAGAACAGAAACCAGUGGAGGAAAAGCUUCCAGAAGCAACAGUAGAUGUUGCCUCCCCAGAACCAGAACCAGAGGCUGAACCAGAACCAGAGCCAGAACCAGAACCAGAGGCUGAACCAGAACCAGAACCAGAGGCUGAACCAGAUCCGCCUGCUAAAGAAAUGCAGCAGCUGGAGAUUGCCGUUGAGGAUGAAAAGGAAGUGGACACAGCCGAGGUUCCAGCCAACACACAGGCAAGCACAGAGAGUUCAGUCACUGAGGCUCCUCAGGACGAAAAGAUGGCCGUUGUGGAGGAAUCAAACACACCAGCAGAAGAGGAGGACCAAUACAAACAUCUAAAGGUGACACUGACACUACCAGAGCAAGAUAAAGUUGUUCCAAAGGAGGAGAAUGGAGAGAAACCCACAGAAAAGGAUAAAAACAAUGCAGACGAUGAGAAGUCAGUUCCAGACAAAGCUAAGGAUGACAAAGAGAGAGACUCAGACUCAGGGACUGGCUCAGCCGCAGAUAACAGCAGUGUAGACCUGAAUCUGUCCAUCUCGAGCUUCCUGUCUAAAACAAAAGAGCGAGGAUCUGUUUCCAUACAGGACACCAGACGCCAGAAGAAGACGCUGAAAAAGACUCGCAAAUUCAUUGUGGAUGGAGUGGAAGUUAGUGUGACUACAUCAAAGAUCAUCACUGACAAUGAUACCAAGAACGAGGAGAUGAGAUUCCUGAGACGCCAGGAGCUGAGGGAGCUGCGUCUCCUGCAGAAGGAGGAGCAGAGGUCCCAACAGCAGCUCAGCAACAAGCUGCAACAGCAAAAAGAACAGAUCUACCGGCGCUUUGAGCAGGAGACCACAAGUAAGAAGCGUCAAUACGACCAGGAGGUGGAGAACCUGGAGCGGCAGCAGAAGCAGACGAUCGAGAGGCUGGAGCAAGAGCACACCAACCGGCUCCGGGACGAGGCCAAACGCAUCAAAGCCGAGCAGGACAAAGAACUCUCCAAGUACCAGAACAUGCUGAAAAACCGCAAGAAAGAGGAACAAGAGUUUCUGCAGAAGCAGCAGCAGGAUCUGGACAGCGCUCUGAAGAAGAUUAUCCAGCAACACAAACACGAGCUCGCCACUAUCGAGAGAGACUGCCUCAACCACAAGCAGCAGCUUCUCCGAGCACGGGAGGCUGCCAUGUGGGAGCUGGAAGAGCGCCAUCUGCAGGAGAAACACCAGCUGUUCAAACAGCAGCUCAAAGACCAGUACUUCAUGCAGAGACACCAGCUGCUCAAGAGACACGAGAAGGAGAUGGAGCAGAUGCAGCGCUACAACCAGCGUCUGAUCGAGGAGAUGAAGAACAAGCAGACGCAGGAGAGAGCCAGACUGCCCAAGAUUCAGCGCAGCGAGGCCAAGACCCGCAUGGCCAUGUUCAAGAAGAGCCUCCGCAUCACCGGAGCCGUCAUCAGCCCCGAGCAAGAGAGGGAGAAGGUCAAACAGUUUGCUGCCCAGGAAGAGAAGAGACAGAAGAACGAGAGGCUCCAUCAGCAUCAGAAACAUGAAAACCAGAUGAGAGACCUGCAGCUGCAGUGUGACGCCAACAUCCGAGAGCUUCAGCAGCUGCAGAAUGAAAAGUGCCACCUGCUGAUCGAACAUGAGACACAGAAGCUGAAGGAAUUAGACGAGGAGCACAGCCUGGAGCUGAAGGAGUGGAGGGAGAAACUCCGACCCAGGAAGAAGGCCCUGGAGGACGAGUUUGCCAGGAAGCUGCAGGAACAGGAAGUGUUCUUCAAGAUGAGCGGAGAGUCAGAGUGCCUUAACCCCUCCACCCAGAGCCGCAUCUCCAAGUUCUACCCGAUCCCCAGCGUCCACUCCACCGGUUUCUAGAAGAAGCCAACGUACACAUGCAUAGACACACACACACACACACACACACACACACACACACACAGACAGUAAAGCCUGUGCUGCCUUGCCUUUAUUCUCGGAAAACUGUUGGAGGGCAUUUCUGUUUGUUGACUUUGUCCCUCAGUCUGCAGCUCAGCUCUCCAGGACCCUCAUUUUCUCCCACUAUUAUAGUCAUUUGGAAGGAGAUAUUUUCAGAUUCAAGGUGCCGGUCAAAACCUCAGAACCACUGUAAGAAGUAGCUCUCUGUCCAACCUUCUGUUUGUGAUUGAAUUGUUUUUUAUAAAGAAUCCAGUGCCUGUAGAAUUUGAUGUUUGAGGCUUUUAAAUCCAAGAAAUUUCUGAUAAUUAUUUGCUGCUCAAUUCUUCUCUCAUUUAGACUUUUGCACUAAAGAAAGGUUAGCAUUUUUAACAUAAUGUUGAUGAUUUUAAUAUGGUUAAAUAUAAAUAGCAACCCUCUCAUUUAGAACUGAUGAUGAAAUAGAAUGUAUUUCUGACAAAGGAGACCCAUUUUUCAUAUCACUCUUGUUGAAGGAAUGAUGCAGUAUAUUUUUGAUUCAAUCACAUGUGUUAGGAUUGUGAUGUGUUAUGAGUUAAAAUAAUCAGUCUCAUUCAUGAUCUCAAAGCAAGCUUUAGGAACGUUUUCCAGCAGAAAUGAUUCCUUCCGGGUUUUUCUUCAGGUUGCCUUCCUGUCUCGAGCACAAUGCUUGAGAUUACGAUUUAGCAACGAGCAGCAGAGGUGGACACUUGUUUGUUUGUGGACAGUAGAGGAGGUGUGGAGAUGGUGUUUACAAGCCGAGACAAAGGAUCACUGUUAAUGGGACACUAAGGAAACCACUGUGGUGGCAGACACAAGCAUUAUGUACCUGUUUGUUGGUCUGGUUUGUGUUGUUUUAGGUAACACCACUUUAUUAUUGUCAUGCUAGAGUUCUGUAUCUAUAGUAUUCAGGGAUGAAUAAAGAAUGCAAUGUUUCAAUGAUGUCCAAUUCAAACUACAAACAGCUCUUAGUUCAGCUAGUUGAAACAAAACUCACCUAACCUGCAGUCAAAGAUGAUGAUGAUGAUGAUGAUGCUGCCUCCUUUGUAUUUGCUUUGGUUUUCUUCCUAUGCCUCCUCAUAAGGUAUUUUGCUACCAGGUGUAUCUUGGGUAGGCCUGCAUGGCUUUUCUUCCUUUUAUUGAAAUGAUAAUACUGUUCUCAUUGUCAUGCUAGCUAAUAGCCUUAAUACUUCAGAAAAGCUGUAAGGAUAUUCUGUGUACCUAAUAUGACCGCCUUUAAAGGUUUGGGUCAAACUCCAGGUUUCAUGCCAACUUAAUGUUCUCUGACUGAAGCACAGUAACAGGUUCAGAAUUAUUGCAUCUGUAUUCAAAGAAACAAAAACAGAACACAAGCUCUUAGUUGGUGUUUUUUUAUUUAGGUUGAUGUAUUGAUGCAGUAGUAAAAACAAACAGAAAAUGGACCUGACUGGUUUAGGCCAUCUUGACUUGUGAUUGGUUCAUUUUAUCAUCUCAUUUUCUUUAUGAUUGGCUGUUGAGGGGUUACGGUUAGUCAAAGGUAUUUUAAUAACUGAGCUGUUAAUGUACGAUAAAUGCAAUGAAGGAGUGCUGUGCACCUUUUUACAAAGCUUUCUCAGUAGCUAUUUAUUUGGAAGUGUAGCACUCUGCAGCCUGUGUGGUGAAGCUUACUCACUCAUUGGAUGUUUGCAGCAUACAAAAAUAGAAUUACAAAACCUGUCAACCUUUGUUCUGUCUCAGUUAGAUUCUACUAAACAAUGAGUAAAUUCAUUAAAUUCUGAAUGUUGAAUGAAAAAAUCCAUAUCAAAAUCAUUGUGCUUUCUUUUUUAAAGAUAAAUGUAUAGUUUUUAGACUGCCUGUGUAAUGUAGAUUUUCAUUUUGCUGUAAAUAAACAUUUUGCUCUGUA